UCGUGAACAAAUGAAUGCCAAAGAUUGAUACUUUACUCAUGAACAAAUGAAUCCCGACACCGCCCGACAACAGCAUGAGACCUCUAAUUGGCUUCAAGACCCUCCUCACCUCCUUCUUCCUCAUGAUCUCUAUGCUCUACAUCCUUUACUCCUCCAAUCUCCUCCUCACCAACGACCACCAUGGAUGCUCUCUCUCCCUCGACCUCUCCUCGGAUGAGAAUCUCGCUGCUGUCAACAAUUUCUCUUCCACUCUCCGCCUACACGAAGAAGACACAGGAGGAGGAGGAGGAGGAGGAGGAGGAGCAGAAGAAGAAGAAGAAGAAUCCUCGAAAACGGUCAUUAGUCUCCCCCAGAGGUCGCAAUGGUCCGACACCGAGCUCAAACACAUCGUCUUUGGAAUCGCCGCGUCGUCGAACCUGUGGGAGAAGAGGAAGGAAUACAUAAAGCUAUGGUGGAGGCCUAAGGAGACCAGAGGUGUGGUUUGGCUGGACAAGCGGGUCAGGACUAGGAGGAAUGAGCCGCUUCCCGAGAUUAGGAUCUCUGGGGACACGUCCAGAUUUAAGUACACGAACCGGCAGGGGCAGAGAGCUGCACUGAGGAUCUCGAGGGUGGUUUCAGAGACGCUGAGGCUCGGAAUGAAGGACGUGAGGUGGUUCGUGAUGGGGGACGACGACACCGUUUUUAUAGUGGACAAUGUGGUGAGGAUACUUUCAAAGUAUGAUCACAGGCAGUUUUAUUAUGUCGGGAGCUCUUCGGAGAGUCAUGUCCAGAACAUAUAUUUCUCCUACGCGAUGGCCUAUGGAGGGGGUGGUUUCGCAAUAAGCUAUCCGCUGGCGGAGGAAUUGGCCAAGAUGCAGGAUAAGUGCAUUCAGCGGUAUCCCGGGUUGUAUGGUAGUGAUGACAGAAUGCAGGCUUGUAUGGCCGAGUUAGGAGUGCCGCUCACCAAAGAACCCGGAUUUCACCAGUACGAUGUGUAUGGAGAUCUUCUAGGCCUUCUGGGAGCGCAUCCAGUAACACCGCUCGUGUCAAUUCACCACCUCGAUGUUGUAGAACCGGUAUUCCCACGCAUGACCCGAGUCAGAGCUCUUCGGCACCUAUUCGAAUCUGUCAAGCACGACUCGGCCAGCAUAAUGCAACAGUCCAUUUGCUACGAUAAGAGACGAUCGUGGUCCAUCUCGGUUUCAUGGGGCUAUGUGGUUCAAGUAAUAAGGGGAGUAAUUUCUCCUAGAGAGCUAGAGAUGCCCACGAGGACAUUCCUCAACUGGUACCGGAGAGCGGAUUACACCGCAUAUGCUUUCAACACAAGGCCAGUGAUGAAGCACCCAUGUCAGAAGCCGUUCAUCUAUUACAUGAACAGCGUUCGGUAUGACAGAGCUAAGAAACAGACUUUCGGGGUUUAUUCUCGACAAAGGUCACGGCAACCACAUUGUAGGUGGAAGAUGGAUUCCCCAGAGAAUGUCAAUUCCAUUGUAGUCCUAAAACGGCCAGAUAGUAAUCGUUGGCAGAAGUCACCUCGGCGGGACUGUUGUAGGAUUCUGCCAUCACGCAAGAGCACAGUUCUGUAUAUAUGGGUCGGCAACUGCCGAAAUGGCGAGAUCAGUGGUACAUAGCAGCUAUUAGAGAAGAAAUUGUAAACUUCUUACCUCUGCAUUCACUUUCAAUCCGCACAAGAUUUAUCGA